GUGAUGACGUAGUCCAGGCUCGGAUAUAUAGGGCACGGCGGGAGAGUACUUGAGACUGGAAAGGAGGACCGGGAGCCGGCGGCGCAGCGGCGGCGGAGGCAGCGGGGGCGGUGAUGGGGAUGGCGAGCGAGGACGUGGUGGUGAUUCAAGUAGGGAAUAGCACCGGCGAGCCUAGCAUAGUCACAGUCAAUUGCCCCGACCAGACCGGCCUCGGAUGCGAUCUCUGCCGAGUUAUCCUCGAGUUCGGUCUCUGCAUCACCCGAGGAGAUGUCUCGACGGAUGGGCAAUGGUGCUAUGUGGUGUUCUGGGUGGUGCCGGUUUCGCCCUCCAUCAACAUUCGGUGGGAAAAUUUGAAGGCUCGUUUGAUGGGUCUCUGCCCAUCAUGUCCUAUCCCGUUCUACUUUGAUUCAAUAAACACAUCAGCAUCUGCUCAAAUGUACCUUUUGAAGCUGUUCUCUGUUGACCGGAAGGGAUUAUUGCAUGACGUUACUCAAGUUCUUGGUGAGCUUGAGCUUUUGAUUCACAGAGUCAAGGUUUCCACCACUCCAGAUGGCAGAGUCAUCGACUUCUUCUUUAUUACGGAUGGCAUGGAACUCCUACAUACUCAACAAAGACGAGAUGAGACAAUCGAAAGACUAACUUCAGUUCUGGGAGAGUCAGUCAAUAAAUGUGAGAUUCAGUUGGCUGAAGAUUUUCAGCAAGGUUUCUCUUCACUGCCACCAGAAGUUGCUGAAAAACUGUUUAGCUUGAAUCUUUGCGAUGGUGAAGUUUCAUCAGAAUCGCUCAUUCCAGAUAUGAAAAAACUCAAGAAGGCCAAUGUUACGAUUGAUAAUUCCUUGAGCCCUUCCCACACCUUAGUAAAAAUUCAGUGUGUAGAUCAGAAGGGCCUCCUUUAUGACAUCAUGAGGACCUUAAAGGAGUGUGAUAUUCAGAUAGUUUAUUGCCGAUUCCUCUCGGACAUGAAAGCCUUUCGAGAGGUGGACCUUUUUGUUCAGGAAACAGAUGGCAAGAAGAUCAUGGACCCUGAGAAGCAGGAUGCCAUCUCUUCUAGGUUGAAAUUGGAGAUGCUCUAUCCCCUUAGACUGAUGCUUGUCGACCGUGGUCCAGACACCGAACUCCUUGUCGCCAACCCAGUGGAAGUGUCAGGCAUAGGAAGGCCUCGAGUUUUUUACAAUGUUACACUCGCUCUAAAACUGCUUGGAAUCUGCAUUUUCUCAGCUGAAAUAGGCAGACACAGAACUUCUGAGAGGCAAUGGGAGGUGUACAAAUUCCUUCUGAACGACAACCUUGAAAUCCCACUGACAAAUCGCUGGAGUAGAAGCCAGAUUGUGGACAGGGUUAUGAAAAUACUCAUGGGUUUCUGAAUUUCUACAAGUUUCAGAAGGUUCUCUCUGGGGCAUGCUUUGUCCCAAUGCAUUUGCUUUAGAAAUGGUGGUUGUGAACAUCCAGGUUACAACUGGACAGGUUACGUAUCAUGCAAACAAUCAUUAUUUUGCCACAAUUUGAUACGUUGGCAUCAUCUGAUUAAGAGUAUUUUAAUGCAAGUUGUGCUACCUUUGUGUUCGUUGGCCCAUGUGUUGGUGAAGAACUGGAACGGCAGCUUUGACAUUUGUGCCAAAUUCAGCUGCUUUGGAUUCAACUGCUACUGUAUUCUAUUUCUCUCUUUUUCAUAAUUUGUAUCAUCUGAGAAUAAUUUUACUUUGGAUUUCCAGUGAAAUUAUCAGUCCAUUUAAUCCUUGGAA